GUUUCCGUUUCCGGGUGAGGUAGUGUGUCUCGUGGUUACGCUGCCAGACGCCAAACACAGAUAACAGACAGUUUGAAAGACGAUUUCGUGAAUAUUGGGCCAUGUGUUGGUGUGUUUGUUGAGGUUCAGAGAAGACUCAGACAUGAAGAACAGAGGUGGUGGCUGGCUAGACAGUCGGCUCAGACAAAGAGUGGAGCAGUAUCUGGCGUCCAGCAGCAAUGAAUAUGUGGACCUGUCAGCCAUGGCCCUGGAACUUCAAAAACUGUACAGAAUGGAGUAUGGUAGAAGAAACAAGACAGCUUUCAGGAUUCAAGUAGAGAAAGUGUAUCAAGCAAUCAUGAAUGAAUCUGGGAUGAAUGAACUGGAGAACAAGCACUUGGCUAAGAGAGCCAAGCACAGCCACAACGACACUGGUGAUGGCAGCAGCAGCUCCGAGGAGUCCUCUGACAGCGACGACAUCAUCCUGGAGAGCAUUCCCACCAACCACAUGAACAGCUCUCUUACAUCUCUAUACCGGAAGGGAAACCCUGACUCCAGCACCUGCUCACCCAGGGGAGAUCAGCCUGCUGCCUGCAGUCCUGCCAGCACAGCCAACCCUCCUCCCAGUGCAGAGACGCUGGUCUCAACAGGAGGCUGGUUCAUUGAUAGAGGCAGAGGCCCUGAGAAGAACAUCUUAAUCGAUCUGUGUCAAGAGGAGCCAACUAAUACAGCAACAAAUCAGAGAGAUGUUUCCAUGCUGGAGUCUGAGAAAUUUCACAAAAAGUCAAAAAAGAGGACUAAGAACUCCACUGAUACUACUGAUUCUCGCACUCUGAACAAGAAAGCAAAAUCAAAGUCACCAGAGCUGCAGAAUCCCACACUAAAGUUUGAAGAUGUAGGAGGUAAUGAAGAAACGUUAACGGAGAUGUGUAAGCUGUUGAUCCACAUGCGUCACCCAGAGGUGUACCAGCAGCUGGGAAUGGUUCCUCCAAAGGGCUUUCUCCUGCAUGGGCCUCCUGGCUGUGGAAAGACCCUGCUGGCCCAGGCUGUGGCUGGGGAGCUGGAGCUGCCCAUGUUGAAGGUAUCAGCCCCGGAGCUGGUGUCUGGAGUGUCCGGAGAGUCUGAACAGAAGCUCAGGGAGCUGUUUGAUACGGCUGUGAGCUCUGCUCCAUGUAUCCUGUUUAUAGAUGAGAUAGACGCCAUCACCCCUAAGAGAGAGGUGGCUUCAAAAGACAUGGAGAGGAGGAUUGUAGCCCAGCUGCUCACCUGCAUGGAUGACUUGACCAGUCUGACAGUGACAGCUCAGGUCCUGGUCAUUGGUGCCACCAACAGGCCAGACUCCCUGGACCCUGCCCUCCGCAGAGCCGGACGCUUUGACAGAGAGAUCUGCCUGGGUAUCCCUGAUGAAGCAGCUCGUCUCAGGAUCUUGAAGACAUUGUGUCGUAAGCUGAAGCUGCCAGAUGACUUUGACUACAAGCAGCUGGCCCGGCUCACCCCAGGCUACGUGGGCGCAGACCUCAUGGCUCUGUGCCGCGAAGCUGCCAUGCGUGCUGUUAACAGGGUUCUUUUGGAAAUGAGAGGACAGCCGCAGAGCAGAAGCCAGAGCUCUACUAAAGAGCUGCUGACAACCGGAGUUCAGACUGAGGCCACCAGGAUAGACGGAGAGGUCAGUGAUCAGAGCUGUGCAGCAGGAUCCUUUGAUGGUCCCCCGUCAGUCAACACAGAGACAACAAGCAUCAACCCAUUACCUCAGGAAGAAUCUGGACAGAGUCACCUGCAGCAUGGGGAGCUAUGGCACCUACUGCAACUGCUGAAGAACACUGAGACUCUAUCAGAGGAAGAGCUGGCCAGCCUGUCUAUCGUCAUGUCAGACUUUCAGGCCUCUCUCUCCAGUGUCCAGCCCUCAGCCAAGAGAGAGGGCUUCGUCACUGUACCUGAUGUCACCUGGGAGGACGUUGGAGCCCUGCAGGACAUCAGAGAGGAGCUCACCAUGGCCAUACUGGCUCCGGUGCGUUCUCCAGAACAGUUCAGAGCUCUGGGGCUCAGUGCUCCAUCUGGAGUGCUGUUGGCUGGGCCUCCAGGAUGUGGAAAAACACUGCUGGCUAAGGCAGUGGCGAAUGAGUCAGGACUCAACUUCAUCUCUGUCAAGGGUCCAGAGCUGCUCAACAUGUAUGUGGGAGAGAGUGAGCGGGCUGUCAGACAGGUCUUUCAAAGAGGACGCAACUCUGCUCCGUGUGUCAUCUUCUUCGAUGAGAUCGAUGCUCUGUGUCCUCGCCGCUCAGGCCAUGAGUCAGGAGCCAGUGUGCGGGUGGUCAACCAGCUGCUCACAGAGAUGGAUGGCUUAGAGACUCGACAGCAGGUCUUCAUCAUGGCUGCAACCAAUAGACCAGAUAUCAUCGAUCCUGCCAUACUGAGGCCAGGUCGUCUAGAUAAAACCUUGUAUGUGGGUCUGCCGCCUCCAGCAGACCGCCAUGCCAUCCUGCUCACCAUUACUAAGGGGGGGACCAAACCUCAGCUGGAGCAGGAUGUCAGUCUGGAAGAGAUCGCCCAUGAUGAGCGCUGUGACUGCUUCACUGGAGCUGACCUGACUGCGUUGGUGAGGGAAGCAUCUGUUAAUGCUCUGAGGGCCUACCUGAAGUCCCAGCAUUCCCCAGCUGCUGCUUCUUCUGGUCACACAUACUCCUCCGGCCCUGUCGCUGACAUCAGAGUGAACAAACAGAACUUUGAGGAUGCCUUCAAGAAAAUUCAUCCAUCUGUGUCCAAAAAGGACCAGAAGAUGUAUGAGCAGCUCAGAGAAUCCCUCAACAGAUGAGAGAAGACCAGAACUGCAGAACUCACCAGCAACGGAUCAACCUCUCCGCUGACUUUAGUCUCCACGAGAACAAUAGUCAAUAAUUACACGUUGAAUAAUUAUACUGAUUCCUGUUUUUAUAAUAAAUUGUUUGUAGAAAUCUG